CGCUCAGCUGCCGCGUUUCAGACAACGAACGACGCGCGAAGGGAUAUGGUGGACGCCGUUUUCCGUUAACCAGCUACGGGGAUGUGCCAUGCAGGGGGAGGCCUUGUUGCUCUUCAGCCACUUGCUACAGCAAAGUAAGGAAGAGUCAUGCUCCGCGCUUGUAUCGGCACUCUUUCUCUCCUCUUGCUGUGGAGCUGUCGUGGCGAUGCUGCGUCCUACGCCCUAAAACUCCAGGACCCCCAGCCAGUCAUCUAUUCCGGCCAGGCGAAUAUUGCCUUAUUGGCUCCCUUACGAAGACCGCCGACGAAUGGCACCGACGCCAGAUGCGGACCCGUGGACCCGGUGCAGGUCCGCAGGGCCAUGGCGGCUGUCUGGGCGGCUCAGCGAGCCAACUUCAGGAAGGCAUCUACAGACUUCAACAUAGGUGUAUAUAUCUACGACACAUGCCGCCAGCAGGACGUGGCCCUGCGUCAGACCUUCCGGGUCGUCCAACAGACAGGGCACAUCAAAUCUCUGGCUUGUCCAAACACCAGGAUACCUCCCGUCUUCGGCGCUGUCUUGUACGGGAGCGACCCUGUCCUGCUGACGUCCAGCAGGACCUUAGCGUCUUUCUCCGUACCUACCAUGCUCGCCAGUGACAGCGACGACCAUUUGGCGAGUCUACCCAACGUCUACAGCACAGCUCCGUCUACCUUGUCUAUGUCCAGGGGCCUCGUGAGUGUACUACGCCGACUAGGAUGGCUCCAGAUCGUGGUCGUGGCGUCCUACGGACAUCGAAGAGCAUCGCUCCAAUUCAGCAAAGUGGCUGGUGAUUCCGGCAUCAAGGCUAACACCAUCGGCGAACUGUUGGAAUCGUUCAGUUUCGAUACGCUGCAAGAAUUUCUACGACCUGCGCAAGUCAAGGUGUCAGCCAGUGCAGCUGUCCUGUUCCUAUCGACCGAGGACGCUGUCGACUUUCUGUCGACUUACGGCAGCGAUGCUAAUUCCAGCUGGAUCGUCGUCACCACCUCGGAGCUGACGUCUUCGUUGCACGAUUUCCUGUCAGAGGAAAAACUGCGUGGACUUAAAAAUCUGAUCUUGCUUUCGCCUUCUGAGGUGCGGAUACCGGAGUUCGAAGCCUACUUUCAGGAGGUGCUCCGCAAGACCAGUGUAUCGAGCAACGCUCCUUUCCUGGAAGAGCUGAGAAAGACUUACAGCAAUCACACGGCGGGAGGGAAAAACGACAUACCGGACGGAUGGGACGCGGACGAUGGACAAGUGGGCGCCGUGGUAAACGCCGUUUCCACGCUCAUAUCUGCGCUGCAGUCCGUACGAAAAAUCCACUGUGGAAGGGGCACUGACUGCCUUUUCGGGGGCCGUCUCAGCAACGCCAUCCUGGAAAGCUUCAAGACCCACCGGAUGUCGGAGGGACUGCACUUCACGGAGGACAGACACCUGGCCACGGUCAAGUACUCCAUCAAGGCUGUGUCGACCUCAGGGGAAGUUCUCGAGAUCGGAUGGUACACUGACGAAGGUGGCCUAGUCGUGGACGAGGUCCUGUUCCCGACAAAAACACAGCGCGACUCCUCCUCGCAGCUGAAGCCUUUCUCCCGCCAAAGAUCGUCCAACUUACGCUCCAGCAACCUGGAGAUCGUCAAGCCCGACGAACCGCAGACACUCGUCGAAGGCGAAGUCAGCGAGAAGCCGCCGAUGCCCCUCACGUCUCCGCCGAGCACAACGAGCAUCGUCCGCACCACAAAACCCCGGAUCGCUCUCUGGAUCUCCAAGCCCUGGUCGCUGGUCAUAGUCGUGACUUCCGGUUUCGGUAUUCUCCUUUCCCUUUACGUCAUGGUCUUCCUUCUCAUGAAACUAUGCGAAGGAGUCGUCAAGAAGGGCCACCAAGUGACGUCACUCCUCCUGCUGUUCUCCAUAAACUGCCUGUUCAUUGCAAGUCUUCUGUUCACCUUCAAGCCCUCUCAAAAGCUGUGCGGUGCCCAGCAGUUCGCUCACCACACGAGCUAUGUGUUCGCGUUUGGAUGCCUCCUUUUAAAAGGGAUGCACCUCAACUCUAUGCGCAGUGUGGGACUGGGAGGGAGGGUGAACAGCGUCAACCAAAUUCUCACCGUCGGCUUCAUCGUCGGCGUGCAAGUCGCCAUCGAAGUGCAGAGCUGGAUCUUGAAGCCAGUCAUCACGAGCGGGUACGCGAACUACUGUCAUAUUCAGCAACUCCGCUUCCUCUUUCACGAGGUGUACGCUUUCCUGGUGCUCCUCUUGGCGAUCUUCAUGGCGUUCCACAACAGAGAUUCUACGUAUAACCGUAGAGACGCUAGGAGCCUGCUCUGGACUACCUUGCUCGUGGUGCCCAUCGCGGCCGCUGGGAAUACAGCCUUUAUGCUCAUGGCAAACCAUGAGUACCAGUUCAUGUCGGUGGCUUUCACGUUAGUGACAACGGCCUACUUCUUGCUAGUGGGUAUAUUUGGGCCGUACCUUCUCGCUCUGCACAGUCACGGUGGUUACCAGCAUAAGCCUCUUGCGUACUCCGACUCAAUGUCUUCGGCGUUCUCUACGUUUCGAAAAGAACUGGAGAAUCCACAGUGUUGUUACGGUAGGAAUGGUAUCAAGUUGCUCGAGCCUGUCAGAAUGCCGAAUGGAGUCGUGAAGAAUCCCCUCUAUCUUCCUGGGUCUGCUUAUCCAUAAGAAUUAUAUGAUAGGACAGGUGUGAUACGGCAAUGCUGAUAUGGGGUUCGGGUCGACGUGACAGGGCGGAAGACAAGUCCGUCUGCAAGUUCUUUCAGUUCUGCUUGCGACAACUAAUCGACAUCUGUGUUCGUGAUCAUGUGUUUAAGAGUCUCUCAUCCAGUGUCGGAAGAAGUGGCGCUCAGGGACAUGCAUCUGCCCGUCAAAAAGAGGUCGUCGUACUGUUCGUGAUGUAAUACGACGCAACGUGCCAAGUGGUUCAGGUUUUCCGGGUGUCACGGAUGUACACUUGAGUCUAAGACGAAUACGUAUAGAGUAUAUCCUCGCGUGCAACUUCCGACAGACAUGAGGUUGCACAUGCGCUUGGCAACGCUUGAACCAGGAGCCGUGCAGUGGAAUGUAUUGGUCCAAGUUCCAAAAGCACCAGAAGUCAGUAACAGCAACUAAAAGACAGCGGCUUAUGGUUGAUUCUUAUGUAAAGCUACCUUAUAAAAGACACCUGAAGGAGACGGGACAUUUUCGCCAACAAUCGGUAACCGUGUAUUCACAAGUGCGACAUUUUCUAGAACACUCCAGCGGAAGAUGCGAAAAACUUCAUAGCUUUGCGCUGCCACGUGAGCGCAAGCGCUCAACGUCACGUCUUUUCGUGCACUGCUAGCCGUGGGCCAUGGGGAACAUCCAGCGGUAUACAGCCACAAGAUAUUCCGUAGCAGACGACCGGAAAAGACGCUGGUGCUGUCGUCUGCUGAGUACACAGUACGCCACUUCCGAUGUUCCGCGGCACCGUGCGAAUGCUCACCGUAACACACGGCGGAAGUUCUGCUCGGUAAUCUGUAUUUUCCAGGAGAAUAUCCCGUGGGGACGUCGCUCAUGCGAAUACACGGUUAAGGUGCUGGCAACGCUGAAACGCAACUCAGCUGUGGCGCUGCCGUUCUUUCAUGGUUGAGGUCGUCCCCCAAAAGUGCGAAUGAUUUUGAUUGCAUCAGGACACGUACACCGUCUUUGGGGAACAUAUAGCGGUACUUCGCAGAACUUCACGGAUUUUCAUGGUGCUUCACGGUACUUCACAGAACUUCAUUGCCCUUCACGGAAAAUACGGUUUUGUGGUGGUUCGAGGCUAUAAUGUUGAUAGGGAAUCUCUGGUGUCACGUGGGGGAGGUGGAAGUCGUGGAGACGGUUCUUUCGUGGCGAAUCUUCCUGCUGUAUGUAUAAGUGUGAAUAAAAUGAUUUUACCCUA